GGUUGGGCGGAGGUCAUGUGGUGUGGAGGCUGCAUCUGGCGGCGGCCGUGGUGGUGGUGGGAGACAAAUAAACAUGGAGGCCAUUUUCCACGAGAGGAAGGCUCCCUGUGUGCCCAGCAUUGCUUGAAUAACUUACUACAAGGGGAAUAUUUCAGUCCUGUAGAACUGUCUUCUAUUGCACAGCAACUGGAUGAAGAAGAGCGAAUAAGGAUGGCAGAAGGAGGACUUUCUAGUGAAGAGUAUCAAACAUUUUUACAGCAGCCUUCUGGAAACAUGGAUGACAGUGGCUUCUUCUCUAUUCAAGUUAUAAGCAAUGCCUUGAAAGUUUGGGGUUUAGAACUAAUCCUCUUCAACAGCCCAGAGUAUCAGAGGCUCGGGAUCGACCCUAUAAAUGAAAGAUCUUUUAUUUGUAACUAUAAGGAACACUGGUUUACAGUUCGAAAAUUAGGAAAACAGUGGUUCAACUUGAAUUCUCUCUUGACGGGUCCAGAACUAAUAUCUGAUACUUAUCUUGCACUUUUCCUGGCCCAGUUACAACAGGAAGGCUAUUCAAUAUUUGUGGUAAAGGGUGACCUUCCAGAUUGUGAGGCUGACCAGUUACUGCAAAUGGUUCGGGUGCAGCAGAUGCAGCGGCCAAAAUUGAUUGGGGAAGAUACAUUGCAAUCAAGAGAUCAGAGGGUACAAAAAACAGACCUCGAACCAGCUGUAGAUGUUAACCCUCCCUUCGAUGGUACAGGCAUGUUAGAUGAAGAUGAAGAGAAUUUCCAAAAAGCACUUGCUCUCAGCAGACAGGAAAUAGAUAUGGAGGAUGAAGAAGCAGAUCUCCGUAGGGCCAUUCAACUUAGUAUGCAAGGAGGCGGGCUUAGAAGUGGUUUCCCAGAUUCUUGCACACAAAACGUCCCACAUUCAUCUGCAACAAGCCACUCUGAAGCCCUUACAUCAGAAGAGCUGCGGCGGAGAAGACAGGCCUAUUUUGAAAAACAGCAGCAGUUGCAUCAGCAAGUUCAGAACCCAGGUUUCCAUGUUGCACCAGUUACAAAUUCAAAUACACUGGUCACUGAUCCAGGAGGUGAUAUGAGUGAAGAGGAUAUGCUUCAGGCAGCUAUGAAUAUGUCCUUGGAAACUGUUAGAAACAGCUUGAACGCAGAAGAAAAGAAAUGACAAAAAUUCCUAGGUUUAUUUUAUUUAAACACUAAAUCCUGUAUUAAUCCUAUGCGAGUGGUAUAAAGGUAGGGUUCAUUUCACUGAUGUACCAAAGCAGGAUAUAGCCCUAAAACCUAUGGGGCUGAGGAUCAGAAUUAAAAGGCAAUUGCAUAUAAUAAAAAUAAAGUCUUCUCACCUCAAGGUUUUAGCUUCCCCAUGCCACUAGUUCUAAUCAAGAUGGUAAGAUUUGCUGCACGUGAGCGAAAGGAUUACGUAUCAGUUUGUUCUAAAAUCUCAAUUCACCUUCUUCCUGAUCCAUAGGUGUUCAGGGUAAGUUAGUGAUUCCUGCAAAUAGUUGUAUGGGGUAGGAGCCCUGUUCAGUUGUGAUGGCGUAUUCUUGCGGGUUUCUGCACAGCAAAAUCAACUGUACCCAGUUGCACAGAGGUCCAGUCCUGAGGCUUUUCUGUUGGGAUGCUAGCCAGCAUUAGGUGACAGCUGCAGCUUCAUUGGCUCACGUACAUGCCUUAAGGCAUUCCAAACACCUCUGUAUUUUGGAUAUGUUAAGCCUAUAUAAAUAUAAAUUUGCCUUUCACUUCUGAAAGAUAUUUCUGUUACACAGUUUUUUUAAAAAGGAAAGUUGGCUUGUAUUCUCAGUCCUUCCCAUGCAAACUAUUUUAAUAGACGAAAUUAAAGUUCUUUUACCAGUAUAAGAAAAGAUGCAAAAAAAGGUCUGUUUCCAGAACUAAAUCAAAUAACGACAUUUUGAUUGUUUUAAGGACUGCAAGAGAUACAAACUAACAAGCCCAUCUUGCAUCUUUUUCCACUGUAAAUAUUUUUCCUUUUUUUGGAGGAGGAAAGGGAACGUUUUCAUUUGUUAUACUCUUUCUGCUAAAUUUUGGGCAGUUCUGCCCUCAAUGCACUGUUUUAGCACUCUGUGAUUCCCUGAACAUUGGUUGAAUAGCUGAAGUAACAAGUUGUGGAGCAUAUUUCAGAACCGGUUACUUUAAUUCCUAUUCUGUUACAUGGGAAUUGUUUUCCGAUCCCUCGUUUUAUCCUUUCUCCCCGUUCCUGUGUUUCUAUACAAGUGUUAGACUGGAUAAGCAAAAGAAACUGCCUUACAUUGAGUUAAACCAUUGGUCUAUUUAGUCCAGUACUGUCUCCUCUUGACUGGCAGUGGGUUCUUAAAGGUCUCAAGCAGAGGUCUUUUCCAUCCCUGCUACCUGAGUUUCUUUUAACUGGAGAAACCUGGGGUUAAACCUGGGACUUUCUGCAUGCAAAGCAUGUACUGUGUCACUAUGCUAAGGCCUUCCCAGAAUUCCAGGCUUCUUUUUUUAGGAGUAAAGAAGAUAAGGAAACGUUUUAAUGCCAUGACUUCAGUGCCACCUGUUAACAUGCAUACCUGCUUUCUGAAAUGAACCCUGCAUGGUUACCUAUGUGUUAAGAAUGGAUAUUCAUAAAUGAAUGUGGGUGGGUGGGUGUUCUAUCAGAUGUUAAUGAAUGUCCUCUACCUGUAAGAUUUUUGCCGCUUUUCAUGAAUGGCCUUUGUUCAUGCACCUUACAGUUUUUUUUUUCCUAUCGUCGUGUCUGUUACUGAGGAAAAUGGGGGAGCAAACUUAAGAGCUAUUUUUUUUAUUCUGUUAGUUGAGGUAUACAAGAGUACUACGGGAGGAUGACCACAUUUGGCAUUCUGUAUUACAAAAAACAGUUUUAACAUUUUUAUUUUUAUUUUGUAAAUGGUGCUUUAAGCAUAUAUUAUGUUUACAUAUGUAUCUUAUGACUAUGGUAUUGGGAUGUUUACAGUGUUCAGACUGUAUACUCUGCUUAAACCAUAGCCAUUUGCCAGGUAUACCAAGAAAAAUAUUGCAAAACCUAUUGUUAAUUUCUUUUGAUAAUGUUUUCAAAAUUAAUUAUAUUAUUGCACCAUCUUGAAGUGUCAUCCUUAGCUACUGAAUGAUAGAUAACUGUAUGCAAAUAUAUGGUACGACAAAGGAAUACAUUACAAAUAAGAACACUUGGAUUUUGAUAAUGUUUGUUUACAACAGUGAGCUUUAGAUGCUUGGCUAGUUAUAGAAGCUGAAUCCCAUUUAUCUUACUUGCAUGCUUCAUGUUUUGUUGAUCUCUCUAAAAACCACUGCAUAAGUAUGGAUAAUGGGAUUUGGCCCUGAGGGUAAGCAUUACUUUUAAGAAUGCAUCUAACUUUACCAUUUCCAUAAACUUAAGGCAACACUGUUUUGCGCUACACAAUUUACUUGAUUUAUUAACAGGAGGAAAUUAGCUUGCCAAACUUAAUGCACAUUGUUUUUAAAACUUAUGCACCAUUAGUUACAUAAAGCUGUCUGUGUUGAUUUUUUUGUUUUUGCUUUUAAGGUAUUACUUGAAAACAAAUAUGCGAAUGGAUUCAUAUAAAACAUGAAAUCAUACCAGUCUGUAAAAAUGAUGAUUUUUUUCCUUUGUACUUUUCCAAUAAAUCGUGUUCUUUUGAACAAGUUGAAUCUG